AUGGAACCUUCUACAGCUCAAGCAGAGCAAUACUUGGCGACCUUUCAGCAGCAGCACCUCAAUAACUUCCCCUUUUUCUGCAUUUCUUCAACGACAACACCCGUCCAACUGCAAAGGGAACGUCCGCUGUUGUGGCUUUCCAUCUGGGCCAACGGUUGUAAAUCCGUGGUACAGCAGCGCGCCAUUGAGGUCAGAAUUCGUGAAACUUUAGCGCAAAAGGUUUUGGUAGACCUGGAAAGAAACUUGGACCUUCUACUUGGAUUAAUCGCCUAUCUCUCUUGGGCGUCCGAUAAGUAUAGUGGCAAAUCUAUUCUGGCCGUGUUUGCCAAUAUCGCCAUGUCCCUUCUGUCCGACUUGAAACUUGACAGGUCCUUUCGAGAGUUUCCCUGCCGAGAAUUAGAUGCAUGCAAAGCUUAUUCUCAUCCCAUCAAGGAAAGGGUUCAGUUAAACCACCGCACGAAUGAGGAGCGGCGAGCAGUGCUAGGAUGCUACAUUAUUUGCGCCACGAUUGCUUGGUUCUUGAAUAAUAGGCCUGUGCAAUGGACGGUGCAUAUGGAGGGCUGCCUGCAAGACCUGGGUGAACACCCUGGAGUACCCGGGGACAGAGUACUUGUAGUACUCACCCAGCUGUUAAAAUUGAAGAGCGACCUCCAUGAGGUCUCAACUUGGCGACAAAUUGAGGAUCCUUGCCCGCAGACAAAGUCGCACCGGGCCCUUCAUGUCAAAUCUUUGCGAGGUGUUCUGGAUAAGAUCAAAUCAUCAGCUCCGCCAGAGGUUUUGGGGAAUAAAAACUUCGUCACCUUCGCUCCAGAGGCUGUUUAUUCUCAUACCAUGAUCCUACAUCUACAUUUUGGUCGGUGCACCCACAUUCUCUACCGCCUGUCACUCAUGGAAGACCCAUCAUGGAAUCGUGGCGAUAUACCACAUAUUAUCGACGUUCUGAGAUCAAUCGAGCGAUGCGCAUCUCUUUAUGCGUCUGUACCGAUGGCCAUCGGGAUGGACACGGAUGGAAGUGACAUGUACACCCAAUCAGGAGAAAUUUUGAGAGCUACGGAGGCUCUAUGGCGGAGGAAGUUUGAAGAGGCUGGUUUAAUUCCGCGCAUUACGAAAGAUCAACAUUCGGACAACAAUACUCUUGAAGCAGAUGAGGGCGGUUUUGAUCUACCAGCAGAUGGCUGGUUUGCGGACAUUUUUCAAUGGGGCGACCCUUUCCAUAUCGACACGUAA